GUUCACAACUUACGACCCUGAACCAUCACUUCUCGAAACUCGAAACUAGACCACAGCACCAUCGACGAACUCCUCUAUUUCCCCUGUGAAUUGCUCUUCGCAUCAAAGAUCGCCACCCAUGGAGUCGUUCCAGCCUUCGGGCGCUUCCACCCAUCGACCUCUUCAAGGCAACGAAAUCCGCGUCGUCACGCUCCACCCAGGCUCCUUUGACGACCCUGUCUUUUGCACUCUUGAUCACGUCGUCCUUGACGGUCCGCGAGACGACUAUAUCGCAAUCUCAUACACCUGGGGAGACCCGACGCAGACUAAAGACAUCAACCUCAACGGUCACUCCUAUCCAGCUACGACUAACCUCCACUUGGCUCUAACUUAUCUGCGCAACGAAAACGAGCCGCGACGCCUAUGGAUUGACAGCCUCUGUAUCAACCAGCGAGAUGUGGCCGAGCGGAAUGCUCAGGUUCCUCGAAUGCGGGAUGUCUACGCCUUUGCUGCUGAAGUAAACGUCUGGCUCGGAGAUUACGGGACAGUUAGCCAGUCGUCGUGGAGGCACACAUUCGACCUUUGUAUCAAGGUUGCCGUCAUAUUCAAAAAACAAUUGUAUUUCCAGGUACCAGGAGUCAAAGAGAUCAUGGACACAUUACUCGAGAGGCCAUGGUUUCAGCGGAUGUGGGUGAUACAAGAGGUGGCUGUCAGGAACUGGAAAGAGGAUGGCGAAAAAGUCCAGUUUCUUGUCGGGCACUUGAGCCUGACGUGGUCCAUCCUUGACAUGGUAUGUGGUGAUAUUGUGAAUCACCUAUUUCAUAUGGAUGGCUUUGGGAAGCCGCUAUCUACCGGACGGAGCUAUGGAUCGAGGAAACUUUUUCAGAUUCGGACUGCGUGGGAAGCCGAGCACCGCGUGCGUGAGUCUUCUAUGCAGGGCGUGUCUCAAACAAUAUCGCAGCAGCUGGCCUACCUGCUGUCCCGGUUCGUCAAUUUCAAGGUCACGGACCCAAGGGAUCGGAUCUACUCGCUCCUUGGACUGUUGUAUGGUCCGGAGAAGGUCCCGAAUGACCUGGCACCUGAUUAUUCCAAGCCCGUGGACGAGGUAUUCCAUGCUUAUGCUGCCUGGAUGCUGGGAGAUGGCGGGUGUAUUGAUAUACUGUCACUGAACUCCCGUCAACGGGUGGGACGAAGAUGCCCGUCAUGGGUACCAGACUUCCAAGGUCAAACCCAGAAUUUCUGGCAUUGCCCGGUGGAUAGAGGUAGCAAUCCCAUCAGGAUCCUUCAAGAGAACGGGGUUCUGGAAAUCGAUGCAUUGAUCAUCGGAACUGUACAAACUGUUGGACGGCGAUGCAAGAUAUUGGAAGAGAGCAGGGUCAUGCGCCUCCUUGACCCCGCCCUUGAGUUUCAUGUUAUCUGGGGAUGCAGGCAGUAUCUCCUCGACUGCGAGACCUGGAUUCAAGUCCACGCUGGGGUUGUGAUUGAUCCAGCUCCAUGGAAAUUCAAUGAGUACUUACUCAGCGAUUACUUCGAGAAGUCUUUCCAUGGGUUUCAAAUCGCCACCUACAUGCCCAGAUUCGCAACGUUCGGAGACGCCUACAAUGCUAUACGUGCUUUCUGCAAGGAGGGAAGGUCCGUAGCUAGUCAUGAUAUAUGGGACAAAGUGGACAAAUGCAGCGAAUACGCCUAUUUCAUCGCACAGGAGUUCGAUGGAUUCACACCCUUCAUGUGUGACAACGGAAAGUUGGAGUUCUGCAACAGCAAAGUGGAUGUUCCAGAACCGGGAGACGUUCUUUGUUUGCUGAGGGGGUCAUCGAAGCAGUACAUUCUACGACGGGCCCCGCCUGAUUCAUUGGGAGAAUGGAUCAUGGUAGGAACAACAUACAAUGUUGCUGACUUCAGUUACGUUGAUCUUAGCAGAGGUGACAGAUCUGAAGAGGAGGUCAAUCUCGCCUACACUGAACUCUGGACAAAGAAUGCGGACAAGAUCUUUAAAGCGGUUAUUUGUUGACCGUGGUGCUCACCUUUACUAGAGCGUACGCGACUAGAGUCUGUGAGCCAGGGGCAUAGAAGGCACAAACCGUCACCAUAAUACACUACACUUACCAUACGACUACAUGUAUUCCACCAUGAUGUUGCACGCCAGGCCCAAAUAUCCCCACGUCAUUCAAGUCAC